AAAAAUGAGUUUUCUGGACGAAUUAAAAAAGCGAAAAAAUAAACUUAAAGUAACAGAAACUGUAGUCACAAAUGCAGAUGGCCAGCGAUUUAUAGAGAAAGGAGAAACCAAAGAAGCCAUAGCACCCAAUACAUACGGGUUCAUAGUUGACACCAAACCGGAUGAUAUACCAGCACUUAUAGCUGAGUUUCUAUACAUCGGUUCUCAAGAUUGUACAUCUAGUAGGGUCUUACAAUCCUAUAAUAUUAAAAAUGUUCUCAGUCUUGGUAUAAAUUUGAAUAUAGAAGAAAAUAUCAAUCAUAAGUUUGUAGAAUGUUUAGAUCUACCUGAAACGGAUAUAAAGGCUGUUUUAAAAGAAAGUUUGCCUUUCAUCAACAAUGCUAUAGACCGUAAAGAAAAUAUCCUAAUACACUGCAACGCAGGCGUUUCUCGUACAUCCACGGUAGCUAUCGCGUAUUUAAUGCAGUAUAAAAGUAUGAAUUUUGACGAAGCGUAUAAUUUGGUUAAAGAGAUAAGGCCUGCAAUUCAACCUAACGCUGGAUUUAAGAGACAACUGAAGAAUAUGAACCCUGGGGAAGUUAUUUAGUUCGUACUUAGGGUUGAACUACAUCUGGCAGCACGGAACUCCACUUUCCUAUGCUAUCCUUUUCUGUCACUCAGAACUGUCAUUUGCCAGAGCGAGAUAAUGCGUACGCACUAGGGUUUGCUCCCGGGAAUUCUCGGUACUGAAAAUACCGAGAAUUCCCGGGAAAUGCAAAAAUUUUUAGUACCGGGAAAUCUAAACUAUGUCCCGGUAAUUACCGGUACUGUACAAACACUUAUACUGCCACGAAAUUUUAAUUUUUAAAACCGCGCGUGAGGCGCGCUAACGCACGCAACCAAGAUAGAAGUACGUGCACGAGUCGUACGUACUCUAGAGUAAUCGGUAAUAUUCGGCAGUUUUCGGUUAGCUCGCUGGCAUCUUCUGGCCGCUCGGCCCGUUCCGCCAUGCCAGUGCCGCCCCAAUCUUGGUACAGCAACGAUGUAGUAAGUGUUUUGUUUAAAAGUAAUAGACUGGUGAGUACUUUAAUAUACCCUUGUUUAUUUAUCGUGAACUAGGUAGUUUGUUUAUAUUGUAGGUUAUAUUUUGUGCAUAAUAAAUAACCUUAUGCUUUGAAUCAUUCAAUAAAAUAAACACAGUGUGUUCACGGCUAGUUUCCUUUGGCUUUUGCAUUGUUUCUUGUUAUUUUUUAAUGUUUUUUUUUUUUUUUUUUUUUAAUUAAGAUGGGUUUGCUCUUGACUUCGUUCUUCUACAAGAAGAAGAGGUCGACGUUGGAACGAGCUUACCCAGAAAAUGCCUAUUCACCCGUGAUUUAAAGGACCCCAGGUUAUAAGAGUCAGGAAACACCGACGCCGGCAGCCCAUUCCAUUCCUUGGCUGUGCGCAUUAUGAAGGAUGAAGCGAAGCGCUUGGUGCGGAUUAGUGGUAUGUCAACCAAGUAAGGAUGGUAACCCGCCGUACGUCUGGAUGUCCUCAGAUGGAAUGGACUUGGUGGAAUGAGCCGAUGGAGCUCCUGUGCACACUCCCCGAAGUACAAUCUGUAAAAAACCGACAGACAGGCGACUUUACGGCGGUGGUCUAGGCUAUGCAGUUUGGCUUCCACCAGCUUCCUGUCGCCGAUCAACCUCUUAGCACGUCGCUCAACAGAAUCCAACGCAGCAAGUUGGUACUUAGCUGAGCCAUCCCAAAGGUGAGAACAGUACUCCAUGCAAGAAAGGACUUGUGCUUUAUAUAAGGUCAAAAGUUGUCCAGGUGAGAAGUACCGCUUAACCCUAUUUAGGAUGCCCAGUUUUUUGGCUGCAGUUUGAGCUUUGGAUUCAAUGGUGGUUCCAAAGUUGAGGCGAGACGUCAGCUCCAUUCCAAGAAGCUCAAGACGGUCGGUGAUCGGUACAGAUGCACCUCGGAAAGUAGGAGUCCUGUUGAACGGACUCUUCUUAGCGGUGAACAGACACGCCUGUGUUUUUGAAGAGUUGAACGUUACCAGAUUUUUGUCUCCCCAUUGGGACACAUGCUUCAGAAUCUCAUCCGUUCGUUCCACCAAAUCCUCUCGAAGAGAUCGAACUACUUCCGCGGUAGCUGCAGCACCGGACACAUACCUCUCUAAGACAGUACUGUCAUCAGCGUACCCAACAAUGCCUGACAUAAGCAAGUCAUUGAUGUGCAACAGGAAGAGAGUCGCAGAGAGGACAGACCCCUGAGGAACCCCGGCAUCAAUAGCGAUAAGGUCAGAAGAGCCGUCGUCAAUGACUACUCUUAUCGAUCGCUCACUCAGGAAGUCUGAUAUCCAGGUGCUGAAGCCAGCGGGAAUGCCGUAUGCUGGAAGCUUACUUAACAAGCCAGCGUGCCAUACCCGGUCGAAGGCCUUUGAGAUGUCCAAGGACACAGCCAGGGCCUCGCCGUGUUUCUCGAUGGCCUCGCCCCAGUAGUGCGUGACGUACACUAGAAGAUCACCGGUUGAACGACCUCUGCGAAAACCGUAUUGGUGAUCACAAAGCAGAUCGUUUGUCUCUAGGUACGUCAGCAGUUUACUGUUUAGGACUCUCUCCAUCACUUUGCAAAUGAUGGAAGUAAUGGCGAUCGGUCUAUAGUUGGCCGGGUCGGCACGGCUACCCUUCUUAGGCACCGGUUGUACGUUAGCAAGCUUCCAGGAUUUAGGCACAGUUCUUUGUUCGAGAGAAAGGCGAUACAGGCGUGUCAGGACAGCAGAAUGUAGAAGUAAUGUGUGCGUGAUCUCAAUUACCAAAUUUAAAGCUAAGUAUAUUUAGUAUUUACUAGUAAGUAUAUUUAGUAGUAAGUUGAUUAAAUAUUUUAAAAAGCGUUUUGGUGUUUAAUUUCGUCAUACUCAUAAAAUAAUUACGAAUUUAAUUUUUUUUCAGUAGGUACCGAAGUUUCGAAACUUCCCGGUAAUUCCCGGUACUGGAUAGGCUCCAGUACCGGGAAUUCGAAAAUCCAGUUCAGUUCCGGUACUGCAAACCCUAGUACGCACGUGCGUAUGUACAGUCAUGAGUCAUGAGCAAUAUAAUGUACCCACUUUAGGACUCUGUCGCACUAACAUAUUUGACAUUUAGAGAGACUUACAGUUCAAUUUGUCAAAAAAGUUAAUGUGACAUGGUACCAAAGUGUAUACAUAUUAUUGCUCGUGACCGUACUUAGUGUUUUUGAGUUUAAUAAAUCAUUAGUAUUACUUAUAGUAAAAUUUUGUUUCAGAAUAGUAAUGUGGAUGUACGAUUAGCUGCAAAAGUCCAAUCAGUUUCUUGCGAAGUAAUAAAUUAGCUGGUUGCACUUAAGACCUGGUUACAUGUCGUUUCUGUAAUAGACCAAAAAACCUACAAAAACAUAAAUUUUAUAAUUAUCCAACUAAUGAUUCACCACUGUUUACAAAUAAUUCGGUGUGUUCAGUGACUGAACUUUUGCUCUUUGAUUGUACAUAAGAUUGUAAAUAAAAGAAGGCUUAUACAAACAGAA